AUGUCGGUCAGUCCUGAAGUAGCGGGAAUGUUUGCGAUUGUUUCAUUUAGCACACUGAGUAAUACCGCAACAACCGGAAUGUUAAUAUGGAUUUCUUUACAACGACAUCCAAAUUUGACCGUUAGCCGAUUGGUAUUGAAUAUGUUGUUCUCAGAUUGGUUACAGAGUGUUGGGUUUAUAAUGAGCUUGUAUUGGAUUUCACAAGGCAGCGUUAUUCCUGGAAUGUAUUGCGACCUUCAGGGAAUUAUCAUAAAUAUUGGGGAUGUAUCGUCAGCAUUUUGGGCAACAGCAAUCUGUCUGCACACUUAUCUAGCAGUGGUGCACUCAAUUGAACCACGAUGGUUUCUGCAGAUUACAAUGGGUUUGGUGUGGCCAAUUAACAUAUUCAUAUCGGUAAUUGGACUUUACAUACAAACACCCGAUAAUAGAUUUUUCGACUCGGCUGGUGGCUCCUGGUGUUGGAUAAGCCCCAAGCAUGGCAUGUAUCGUAUCAUAUUUCAUUACGGAAUCAUCACAAUACUGGCGUUGGUCAUGUUAGUGUUAUAUGGAUUGAUGUUUAUAAUGUUACGCCGACAGCAAGAAUCUAUUGAAAUGUCACCCACCAAAAUUGUGUUGCAACGAACCGGGAAAAAGUUGAUCUACUAUCCAGCCGCUUAUAUCGUUUUGGUGUUCCCGCUGUCAUUUCAACGAUAUCUCGCUUUCUUUGGAAUCACAUUGCCAUUCCAGUAUUUAAUUUUCGCCGGAUGUGUAUUCGCCUCGGCCGGUCUAGUCAACAGUCUAAUCUACGGAUUCACCCGACACGUGGUGGCAUUAAAACCUCUGUUCGAACGUGAAUACGACGAAAAAGUUACAGCAGAAAUCGCCAAAAAACCUGCAACAAUAUUUGGAGAUUCGCAAAACAUAUUUGUAGCUGUGUCGCCACGUAAGAGUGAAAGUGAGAAACGAAGUGGUGGUGAUGCUGAAGGAGCCAAACGAGCAUCCUCACAAUACAAAAAGAAUCAUAAUAAUAAUAGCAGAAAUAGUUAUACUACCAAUCAUCAAUACACUUUUAAUAAUCAAUUUAAUCAUCCCACUACUAAUGAUUCAGAACUAGCACUGAGAAAUAAUACCAGCAAUCUGUCGUCGGAUUCACUUUCGUCUGUUGAUAGCCCAAUGGAAUUUGUGGCGUUAUAA